GUGGAAGAACCAGCAAAAGGUCACUAACUCUAUAAAAGCAAGAGUCGGGUGAAUUUCAUUGCGCUUAACCCCUGCACUUUUUCUCCCGGCGCCUCUCAACCCCCCUGCAUUUCUAGAGAGAGAGAGGGAGGGGACGAAUAGAGAGAGAAACCAACUGGGAGAGAGGCAUAGACCAGGGCCAAGCGAGAGAGAUCAUAGAGAGAAACCAACUGGGAGAGAGGGAACCUAGAGAGAGAGAGGGGGAUAUCUAGAAAAGGAAGAAAUCUAGAGAGAAAAAUGGCGGGCUUUGAUACAUUCAGCACAGAUGGAGAGGAUCCCAGAACCAAUGCUUCUCGCCCUUUUGAUGACGAUGGCUACCUAGGCUAUGAUCCUCGCCUCCCUUCUCAGAGAUUCGAUUCGUUCUCAAAUUUCACAGAGGAUUCAAAGGACCUUCAGAUUGAACAUGAGGAGCCACCUCCAGUUUACCAGAGCUUCAACGAAGACGAUUUCCCCUCACCAAAUUUGCCAGAAAACCAGUCUCCUCCAGCACCGAUCUAUGGUUUUCCUGGUCAUCAACAAGCUGAAUUCCCUGAUUUCUCGCCUGUAUCUGACUCAAAUGGGACGGCUCACUAUGGGAAUGACCAUUUGGAUGAUGUAUUUGUAUCUGAUGGGCCUGUGUUGCCUCCUCCCAGUGAGAUGCAACCAGAUGAGGGUUUCAUGCUUCGUGAAUGGAGACGUCAAAAUGCCAUUCGGCUUGAAGAGAAGGAGAGGGAGGAGAAAGAAUUGCUGAACCAGAUUAUUGAUGAAGCUGAUGAAUACAAAAUCGACUUUUACAGGAGGAGGAAGAUCAAUAUUGAAACAAACAAAACCAACAACAGAGAAAAAGAGAAGCUCUUUUUAGCCGACCAAGAGAAGUUCCACACCAAUGCAGACAAGCAAUACUGGAAAGCCAUCGCAGAGCUCAUCCCAAAUGAAAUCCCAAACAUCGAGAAGAAGAGGGGAAAGAAGGAUCAGGACAGAAAGCCAUCCAUUGUUGUGAUUCAAGGACCAAAGCCGGGUAAACCCACCGAUCUCUCAAGAAUGCGCCACAUUCUUUUGAAGCUGAAGCAUACACCACCGCCUCAUAUGAAGCCUCCUCCCCCACCCCCUACAAAACCUGCACCUGGGGCCGCAAAAGAUGGUUCUGGCCCUGCUGGCGCCAUCCCUCCGGCGCCUGCCACCUCUGAUGCAAAGCCUGCGGUUGCUGCCCCUGAGCCAGUGGCUGUUGCUUAGUGAAAUCAUACUUGAAUUGGUUGGGUGUUCUCAUACUGCAUUUUCUCUCUCUUUGCAUGUAUGUUUGUGGAAUAGGGAUUUUGAGGUUUUUGAGGUCCAAAACAUUUUGGGGUCUGGGUAUAAAUAUGGGACUCUCUCUCUCUGUUUUUGUAUGUUUUGUAUGGUAUUAGGCGUUCUUAGAUUCAGAACCUUGUUUGUUGGUUUAUUGAUGUGUAUUGUGCUUGUGCUUUCUCUUUCUUGCUGGGCGUUGCAUCAUUUUUCAGUCUUCUAAAUUUUUGUUGCUGUGUUUGUGGAUUUUGCAUAUUAAGGCUCAGUUAAGAUCUCA